AACGAAGAACUUGACACACAUGAUUAGUCAUUUUUUAUGAUGAAAUAAUAAUAAUAAUAAUAAUAAUAGUCAACAAUUAAAGUGUUUUAUUUAUCAUAUUUUGGGGUAUACGUUCAUGACAGUUUCAUACAAGUGAUAUUUUUAAUUCAGUUAAGGAAAAAAAGUACGAAAUCAUGUUUAAUUCUACCCAAGAACCUGACAUUCCAGCAGCUCUUGCUAUGCUCAACCAUUUGAGUAAUGAUGAACUUAAAGAAAUACUAAACAAUGAUGGAAAAUUUGAAGAAGUUGUCAAAGAUAUUAAGCAAUUCAAAGAGCUGGAAACAGAAAAAGAAAUGCUGAUGGCUAGCAAUCGUUCACUGGCUGAAUUCAAUUUAGCGAAGCAACCAGAACUGGAAGAAAAUAAAAAAAUACUCCUGGAACUUGGAGAAAAGGGCAGUGACUUGUGUAUAAAUGUACAAAAAAUUAUGAAUGAUAUAAAGAAUAAAUCAGAGUCAUUGUCUAUUGAUACGGCAAUGGAACUUUUGCAAUCUUCUGCUACAGAAAUAGAAGAAGAAUCUGAGAAACACGCGGAAAAUUUUCUCGCAGGAAAUUCAGAUGUUGACGAAUUUUUAGACCAAUUUCUUAUCAAACGUAAACUUAUGCAUUUACGUAAAGUAAAAAUUGAUAAAAUGAGAGAACUAAGAAAAAAAUCAAGAUUUUCAAAAGGUGGUUCGAGUUACCCACCCGGCAGGAAUUUCCCUGAAACUAAUACUUCAGUUCCAUAUCCAACGGGUCCUGUUUCAAUGCCAAUGCCAGUGUCAUCAUGUUUUCGACCCUACUAAACUUCUUAU